AUGGAGGCCAGCGUAACGCCAGCAUGGAAGGCGCAAGCGCGUACACACGCGACCGCCAUUUCCACCGCUUCCACCGCCAACUCCUCCCUCGCGGCUUCAGCUUACGUGUCUUCCGCCUUGCCGAAGGCGCACCACCACCACAGCCAACGACGCGCCGGCUUUCUCUGCCCGCGCUCGCGGAUCGUUUAUAUGCGCGCCCCGUUUACGCGGCCACACAGGCGGCAGGUUCCUAGCGUGCUCGUGCCUUCGCGGUCGGGGAGGCGCGGCCGCGGAGACGGCCUUAAAUGCGAUGUGUUAGUGCCUGGGUGUCCUUCUCCCGGCGAGCUGAGUGAAGGGGAGGGGGAGAAUUCGCGCGGACCGGACGGGCUCCGGUGGAGGCGCGGGCAGAGGGGCUCGGCGCGCAGCGAGAAUUUGGCGGUGGAGCAGCAGGCGGAAGAAAAACCUGAUAACUGGGAUUUUGUUGGGUCGAGUGGCGAUUCUUCGGGUUCUGGAGACGAGGGUUCGAAUCCUCACGAGUUCACAUUUUCGGCGGAGAACAGUGUGAUGGUGGACCAAGUGCGAAUGCUGCAGCACAUUCAUUCCUGCACGCACGCGGAAGAUGAGGUUGCGGGGGGGGAUGCGCGGGGGAUAAUGCGCGCGACCGCGGGGGGGAUGAAGCCGCGUGUGCUGAAAGCGAGCACGCCGAUUCGCGAUAUCUAUAAGUCGGAAGGUCCUAUCGACGAGGACGUGGUGUGCAUGCAGGCUGAUUGGCCGCUGACGUGGACGCACAUCACGCUGGCGACCGGCGUGUCCGUGGGUUCCGGGAUCGCGGGGCCGGAGGACGUGACGAUGCUGACUCAGGCGACAACUUGCACCGCCAUUCUAUGCUUGCAGGGCGAGGAGUCCUUGGAGUCGUUUGGAGUUGGCUGGACAUCCGUUCAGGAGCAGGCGGAGCAGUGCGAUGUAGCCAUGUUCCGCGUUCCCGUGCCGGAGUUCGACCAGCAGAAACAGGUUGCGGGGAUGGUGGAGGCGGUGCGACUCCUAGCAUCGCUGCUGGUGACAGGUCACAGGGUCCACGUGGCAUGCGCUACAGGGAAGAACUGCAGCCCGCUGGUCGUGCUCGGCUACCUGACGUUCUUCCAGGGUCUAGCAUGGAGCGAAGCCAAGGCCAUGAUCGCCGACAGCGUCCCAUCCGCCGACCCGUCGCACGAGGCGUGGGAACAGGCGCGUCUCGUUCUGUCAGCAGCGGACGGGGUGGGCGCGCACAGGAUGACAGAGCUAGCAGAGGAGCAGUACCAGCGCCGCAUAGAGCAGGGCGCGGGCGCGGAGGGCGGGGGGCAGACGGCAAGGGACGACUGGGAGGAGGCGCAGAGGCGACUCAUCACUGAGACUCUGCAGCACAGGGUGUCCGCUGACGUCAGCAUCUCGCAAUCCCUCUCCAAGGCGGCAUCUCGCCAGGCGUCAACUCCCAAGCCAAGGGAGGUGCAGAGCUUCACUCCCAUGGUCGACUCGCAGAUACUGCCUCCCCUGGAUACGCCCUUCCAGCAGCCGCACAUUCUCGAUUCGGUCUACUCGUUUGUCAAUGACCACCACUCUCACGCAUGGCCCCUCGCUUUUGCGGAGGUUGUACUGGGGGAGGGUGUGCUGGGGGAGGUGUCAUCUGGAGUGGAGGAGCGCAUCGCACUGCUAGAGCAGAAGCACCUUGCUGCCAUGGCUGCUGCUAGGUCUGCUACAGAACAGGAGUGCAGUGCAUUGCUGGAGCAGAAGCACCUGGCGGCCAUGGCUGCUGCUCGGUCCGCCACAGAACAGGGUGUGCUGGGGGAGGUGUCAUCUGGCGUGGAGGAGCGCAUUGCACUGCUGGAGCAGAAGCACCUGGCAGCCAUGGCUGCUGCUCGGUCCGCCACAGAGCAGGUGCGUUUCUUCAUGCAGCACGUGAGUGAGUUGAGGGAGAGCGAGACAGCAGCUGCAGCAACGACACCUCACGUGAGUGAGCUGAGGGAGAGCGAGACAGCAGCGCGCAUGGAGGCAGCAGCAGCACACGAGCGCAUCGCCCUGCUCACCGCCCAGGAGCGAGAGAGGGAGCUUUUAUCGGCCCACGAAGCAGCAGAGGCGAAAGCACAGGCAGCGGAAGAGCGGGCGGCGGACUUAGCUAACAGAAUCGCUCAGAUGGAAGAGAUGGAAGCAGCAGCUAAGGAAGCAGCGGCGGUGGCUUUGGAGCGCAUGCAAGCACUGGCCGAACAGGUGAAGGAACUUUCCGAGAAGGAGCGCGCGGCCACCGCGCGGAUGGGCGAGAUGGAGACGAGCCUGGAGGAAGCUUCCGAGAAAGCGGCGGCGGAUCACGACCUGAUGGUGAAGCUGGAAGACCGGGCAGAACGGGCAGAAAAAGAAGCGAGGAAAGCGCAAGAGGCGCUAGGGGCAGCGAACGAGCGGGUGAAAUUCUUCUUCCGGGUGAUGAGAGGGCUCCGGGAUAGGGAGAGAGCAGCAAAAGAAGCUAUGCAUGCUGCGACAGACAGGCUCGAGGCUGCUGUGACUGAAGCGGAGAAUCUCCGGAGGAAGGAUGAGUUGAUGCGAGAGGCGUGGGCGGUGGCUAGUGAGAGGAUUGAGCUGCUGACGCGGCAGGUGCAGCAGGUGGAGGGGCUGAAAAUGGAGGUGAAGCGAGAGGCGGUUGAUGCUGCAAAGGUGUUUUUGCAUGAGAGUGAUGAGCACAGGCUAAUGGCUGCUAGGGAGGAGUUGAGUGCGGCGGAGGAGAGAGAGAGGAUGUUGCAGGCGCAGUUGGAGAGGCUGGGUGCUGAGCUGGCAGCGGCACGCGAUGACAUGGCGGAGCGGGACGCCAGGCUGGCGGCGGUGGCUGCUGAGGUGGCGGAGAGGGAGCGGGCGGUGGAUGAGAGCCGGGUGGUAAUUGGGGCGGCGGAGAAGAGGAUUAAGGAGCUGGAGGAGCAGGUGGGGGUGGCGGAGGAGAGGGAGAGGAAAGCCAAGAGGGAGGCUGAGGAGGCAGAGGCGGUACUAGCUGCUGCUCUGGCUGCUGCCGAGACAAAAGACCGAGAAUACACUGUCUUGGAGGCGUCUCAGAAGACUGCUUUAGCUGCAGCAGCAGGGGCUGUCACUGCCACUGCUACUACCACUGCCGCCGCUGCUGCUGGUGGUGUAGCUGGUGCCAGCAGUGCUGCUGGUGCAGCAGCGAGCGGUGCAGCAGACCAGCUAAUAGCUCGGCUGCAAUCCCAAGUGGCUGCCAUGUCUAGUGAGCUUGAGGGGGCCCGCUACGCCGCUGCUGCUGCGAGCGAACGGAGUGCCUUCCUCAUGCGACAAGUGGCUCGGCUGAAAGGAACUGCUGCUGCUGAUGCUGUGACUCGGUCCCAGGGGGGUUCAGGAGGGAAAGGGGAAGGGUCGAGCUCGAAACACAAGGUGGCGGCUUUAGAGGUGGAGAUUCGGGCACUGGAGAAACGUGAACGGGCAGCUCUGGCAGAAGCAGAGGAUGAGAAGGCCCGGGUGCGGGAGCUUGCAGCGCAGGUCGGGCAGCUGGAAAGCAAGGAGCGGGCAGCCCGGGAAAAACUCCAGUCCUCGCAGGACCGGGUGGGGUUCUUCCUGCGGCAAGCGGUGGAGCUGAGGGAAAGGGAGGGCGCGAGUAAGAGUGCGCUAAAAGCGACUUUUAAGAAAGUGGAGGGGUUGUCGCACCAGGUGGGGCUGUUGCAGGGGGAGUUGGUGCGGGCGAGCAAGGAGUCUGGCAAGUCUACAGAUGCUGUGGAGAGGCUGCAGCUGCUGACCAUGGAGCUGAAAGAAAAGAUCCAUGAGACUUCUCGAGUGGCCAGCAGCAUCAAGAAGAGCCCUGGCUUGUCUAGAAUCAAUGGAUCAGAACGGAACGGGGCAGGGCUUAGUGUGCUCCAGGCUCCUGAGCUCAGUUCUUCUGAUGCUUCUGCUACUGCUAACGGUGCUGCUAGUAGCAGUGUGGCAAUCAAUGGUGUCGCCUCAAAAGCUGUGAAAGGGGAGAAGGAGAAGGAGAAGGAGAAGAAGGAUGAUGACAGUGAUGACUUCCCUGGAGGGUCAGGCAGCGGGGGAGGAGGAGGGGUCGGGGGAAGAGGGGUGUCCGCGCAAGGGAAGGCGAGCAGCAGUGGCUCAAAGGCAGCUUCUCCCUCCUUUGCCUCCCGCCAAACCGCCCUCGCCUCCGUGGCGGCCUCCCAUUGGCCGUUCCAAUCUCUUCAACUGCCCGUUUACGCUGCCCCAGUCAGUGCCCCUCUUGGCCUAAAAAAAAGGGGAGGGAAAGCCAAGGACGGGAAGGGAGGAGAUGAAGCCGGGUGGUGGUCGGACCAAUCCCAGUCCCUGAAAGCAGAUGUUGCUUCUCCUGCUGCCCUCUCUCCCGCUUCACCCACCUCUCCUCUGGAUUCGUUUCGAAAAGCCCUCACCUCAUUGGCUCUCCCCAUCCCCUUCCACCAACUGGGUAUGAGGAAGAGGGGGUCUGCCGACCCUGUAGCAGGAGAGCCUGCGCCAGAAGGACCUUCCCCAGGUAAUGCCGAAGGUGCUGGCCGGAGGGAAGGGGGUGAGUGGGGAUGGGUGGCUGCGGCUGUGCUGGUGCUCCUGCCCCUGCUGCUGGGUCCUAGUGACGCCCUGGGAAUGUGA